AAAGCCAAAUUGAUCAAGAAUCCCCUCCAAAUAUUCAAACUUUCUAACCUCUUGGAACCCUCUAGACCUUCUCUAAUUUUAUGUUUUUAGUCCUACCCUCCCAUAUAUAAAUACCCUUCAAUUCCAUAUCCCUUUCCAUCCCACAACUCUAUUUUCAUUUCCCUCCCAUCAAUUACACAGAUUAUAUUUACACAUGGGCACUCUUAUAGGUCAUGUUGCUCCUGGGCUUGGCUUCUUUAUAUUUGGAUUAUGGCAUCUAUUCAACCACAUCAAGCUCCACGCCCUCCGCCCCAACUCCUACCAAUCUUCACCUUGGUUCCCCACUUCAAGAAUCAAGUAUUUGGAGCUCUACUUCAUCAUGCUCGUUUCCUCCAUGUCCAUAUCCAUGGAGCUCUUCAUCGGCCCCGAACGUCACCAGCCCCUCGACCCCGACGGCACCAUCCCUUCUAACCAUCUCCACAACUUUGAACAUUCCAAUAUUUCCCUCACUUUUUUCACCUACGCUCUCUUCUCAAUCAUCCUUGAUCAACUCGCCCCCCCAGCACAAUAUGGGCUGACCAACUUGCUAGCCGCCGUGGCGUUCGGCCAGCAACUCCUCAUCUUCCACCUCCACUCCGCGGACCACAUGGGGGUGGAGGGCCAAUACCAUUGGCUACUCCAAAUUGCAAUAUUUAUAUCACUCGCCACCACCCUUUUAGGCAUUAAUUACCCAAAGAGUUUCUUGAAUAGCUUUGUGAGGUCAGUUAGCAUAAUGUUCCAAGGGGUUUGGCUUAUGGUCAUGGGGUUCAUGCUGUGGACCCCUAGUCUAAUCCCUAAGGGUUGUUUCAUGAACUUGGAGGAAGGUCAUAGAGUGGUCCGGUGCCACGGGGAAGAGGCCUUAGAGCGUGCUAAGUCACUGGUGAACAUUCAAUUCAGUUGGUACGUUGUUGGGACAAUAAUUUUUGCCUUGACCCUUUAUUUAGUUGUGAUUAAAUUAUAUCCUGAAAAAGUCGAGUAUCAAUCUCUAUCAAAAUUCGUAUUGCAAGACGAGGAGAAGGAGGUUGACGAUGUUGAGGCACAGAAGAAGGGCAAUAGUAAUAAGAUAGGGGAGGCGAAGAGUUUUCUGCAAAUUGGGAAACCAUAUGCUCCCAUGGACAUGGAAAGGUAGAAGGUGAAUUGGAAUAUAUAUUUGGUGAGGUAUGUGUAAAAGUCAGCAUAGGUCAGUUUAGUGGGUCUCCAAUUUGUUUGAUUAAUAUACGUACUAAGCCCACAGUAAUGUUGGCGGCUUAGUCACAUAAAAUUUCUUCAUGUGUUAAAAAAAAAAAAAAAAAAGAAAAGAUGAGAUAGAGAGAGAGAGAAUUGUGUUGUGGUGUUAUUGUUGAUUGGGUCUUUGUGAUUGUAUGUACAUAAUAUAUCAAUAGACCAAAGAAAAGUGAAGUAGGAGUUUUUAUUUUUUUCUUAUGUGGAAAAGAUUGUUAAUCA